GGAUUUUAGCUCAUUGAUGACGCUACCCUCACGUGACCGGGAGUCGACGUGUGCAGAAGUCCUCACAGUCCAGGGCCUGUUAGACUGAAGCAGCUCCCUUUCGCUGGAGAAGAAAAGUGCUUAUCAGGCCAGUAUAAAGGACUCUUGCAGGAGCGGCUUAAGCCGAGUGAAUCAACAGGGAGGCACCCCCCUCCACCCCAAUCUUUGCAGGAUUACUUUAUUCAAAGAGGAAAUAAACGAAAACACCAUGCAAACUUCUUGUGAAGAGAAUGAGGGCAACCCUCAGAACAUGCCAAAGGCUGAGGAAGACCGCCCUUCUGAAGAUGUAGCACAGGAGGCAGAAGAAAAUCCUCAGCCUCCUGAAGAAGGUGUAAACCAGGAAGCAGAAGGCAGCCUGGGAGGAGAGCUGAUUCAGCCUGACCAGGAAUUCAAAGAGGAUACCCCCGUUAGGCAUUUGGACCCUGAAGAAAUGAUAAGAGGAGUAGAUGAGUUGGAAAGGCUUAGGGAAGAGAUAAGAAGAGUAAGGAACAAGUUUGUGAUGAUGCAUUGGAAGCAAAGACAUUCCCGCAGCCGUCCUUAUCCUGUGUGCUUCAGACCUUAAAUUCCUUUUUGUAUGAUAUUAGAAUCUGGCCCCUGCUAUUUCUUUCUUUCUUUUUUUUUUUUUCAGUUAGCUUUCUUUCAUGUAUCUUAGUCCUUCAUUUUACUUUUAGUCCUCUGGUGGAAUUUUGUUUUAACUAGUUUCUUUGUUACUAGCCCCUUACUGGAUUCUGUAUUUUCAACUAUUUUUCGUGCCUAUUUUUCCAUUCAAAAGUUUCAUAUCAUAUGCAUGAAAAUAUGUUCAUUCCAUACCUUAAAGAAAAACAUUACAGGUUACAAAGCAGUGCAUUUAGUAAGAGCUUACAUGUUAGAUAGAAUUCCAAAUCGUGUGUGUAUGCAUAAGUACGUACAUCAAAAACUUGACUGCUUAUUUCUGUGUGGCGUGAUUUUUUUCCUUUUGCUUGUAUGUAUUUUUAACGAACACAUGUCACACACAAAAUGGAUAAAAGAUUUUUUUUAUAAGUAAGAGACAAAUUCUUUGCAACCAGCUGAUAAGGGCAAUGGGGCAUGUAAACUCUUGAAAGAACUAUUGAAAUGUUAACCUCAAAUCACCUCUGGACCUCUUAUCCAGAGGAAUAAAACUGGCAAUUAUUACACAUAA